AUGGGAGUUAUGAACUCCCUUUGCGAUGAGACCGAAGCUCUCAUGGAUGAAGAGUACGUCAAGUUCAGCAACAUGUCAAAGGAGUUGUCAUUCAUCAGAGAUGAACUCAGCUCCAUGAAUGCUUUCCUAGAGAUUCUAGCAGACAAGGAGGAGCUCGAUCCCCUGACCAAGAAUUGGAAGAACCAAGUAAGGGAGAUGGCUUAUGACAUUGAGGACUGGAUUGAUGAGGUCAUGCGUCAUGCCAGCCAGGACGGUACCGCAGCUGGUCUCAUUUGGAAGAUCAUUCAGCGUCUCAGUAUGCUGAGAACCAAAAAUCGUAUUUCAAAUGAAAUACGACAGAUCAAGGCUCGUGUCAUGGAGGUGAGUCAUCGUCACAAAAGGUAUAAGAUUGAUGUGAGCACCUCUGCAUCUAAAUAUGUGUCUGUUGACCCUCGCCUUCAUGCACUUUAUGCUGAUGAAGAUGGCCUCGAGGGCAUGGAUGGUCCAAGGAAUGAGCUAGUUGAGUUGUUGCUAGACGAAGGUCAACGAUUGAGGGUGGUAUCUGUUGUAGGAAUUGGUGGUCUUGGUAAGACCACACUGGCCAAUGAGGUGUACAAAAGGAUUGGAGAUAAAUUUGAUUGUCAGGCAUUUGUAUCAGUCUCGCAGAGACCAGACAUGACAAGGAUUCUCGCUAAUAUGUUUUCACAACUUGGGCAAGAACCACCUUCUCAACCUAGCGAGGUGCAGAACCUCAUUAAUGAUCUUAGAAAACAUCUACAAGACAAAAGGUACUUUGUCAUAUUUGAUGAUAUAUGGGAGGAAUCGGCAUGGGAUAUUCUUAGAUGUGCCCUCCCCAAAAAUGAGCAGGCUAGUAGAGUUAUAACAACUACACGCAUUGAAACUGUAGCUAUUGCUUGUUGCAGUUAUCUGCAUGAGUAUGUUUAUAAGAUGGAGCCACUAGAUGACCAACAAUCAAAAAGGUUAUUUUUGAAUAGAAUAUUUGGCUCUGAGGAUGCUUGCCCUGAACAACUGAGAGAUAUUUCAACUGAAAUUUUAGACAAAUGUAACGGUUUGCCACUUGCCAUUGUUAGUAUUUCUGGCCUUUUAGCUAAUCAAGCAACCACAAGAGUUGAACAGUGGGAACACGUAAGGAAUUCUUUGGGCAAUAAGUUUGGGAAAUGCUCUGCAUUGGACAGUACGAGACGAAUAUUGCAGCUCAGUUACAAGAACCUUCCUUAUUAUCUGAAGGCAUGCUUUCUAUACCUUGGCAUUUAUCCAGAGGAUUACACAAUUUGGAAGAACGAUGUGGUCAAGCAAUGGAUAGCUGAAGGUUUUGUUAGUAAGGUGCAGGGACUAGAUGCAGAAGAUGUUGCAAGUAAUUAUUUCAAUGAGCUGGUUAAUAGGAGCAUGAUUUCACCUAAUGAUGUCAACUACCAAAACGAGGUAUUAUCUUGUAAGGUACACGAUAUGAUGCUCGAUUUUAUAUUGAGUGAGUGCGCAGAAGAGAAUUUUCUGAGAAUAAAUGAUAAACCCAAUGCCUCGUUAGGCCUGCACAAUAAUGUCCGUCGACUCUCCAUUCAAUAUGACAAUGGAAACCAUAGCGUCAUGGAUCCAGCCAAAAAUCUGUCACAUGUUCGAUCUCUUGCAGCUUUUGGAGGCUCCAAUUUCUUGUACCUGAAUCCUCUUUCAGAGUUCAGUUUUCUUCGAGUUUUAAUUGUUGGGUUCUCAGAUGUUUCCUAUAAGAUGGAACUGGAUUUCCUUGGAGUAUGCAAAUUGUUUCAACUGAGAUAUCUGAAGAUUGAAACCAACAUUCAUGUACAGUUACAAUUACCUGAGAAAAUUGGGGAGCUACAGCAGUUGGAGACCCUGGACAUAGAGUGGGGAUCAGUUGUUAUUCCAUCGGAUAUCAUUUGUCUGCCUUGCUUGACACAUCUUAUUAUUCCGGAAAGUACCCGAUUACCUGAUGGGAUUGGCAACAUGAAGUCUCUAGUAACUCUGCAAUCCUUUGAUCUGGGGGAGAACUCAAUAGACAGCAUCAGGGGUCUCGGCCAACUGACCAAUCUAAGAGAUCUCAAACUCUGCUAUUCCAGAACAACAAUCUCCAACACAGCAUUGUGUAUGGAUGUUUUACAAUCUUCACUUGAGAUGCUUUGCAACCUCAAAUAUCUAUACAUGUACUGGCCUGGUAUUUGUGGGAGUGGUUUGAGUUUGUUAAACCCUUCUCCCCGCCAUCUGCAGACACUAGAAUUGACCUACUGGUGUUUUCCCAAAGUCCCUGAAUGGAUUGCAGAGCUCCAUGAGCUCCAAGUUCUGAAGAUUGCGAUCAGAGAACUGUCAAUGGAUGGUUUCCUUGUCCUUGCACGGUUGCCUGCACUUACAAACCUAGGAUUGCGCACCCAAGUAUCACCUAGAGAGGGUAUCACGAUCUACAGCAUGGCGUUCCCAGCCCUCAAGUACUUCAAGUAUUGGUGCAGGAUACCACGUCUGACCUUUGAGGCUGGAGCAAUGCCGAAGCUGGAGAGGCUUAAGUUACGCUUCAAAGAAAUCUUUGAAUCACCUUCGGGUAUUGAACACCUGUUCGCUCUCAAAGAGGUCUUUCUAGAAAUUGGUGGCCUCCGUGGAAAGGUGCCCAAGCGAGGAUGUGCCUUGUCUGUGUUGAUUAUGGCCAUCGACAUGCAUCCAGGUUGUCCAAGACUCAAGAUUGUCAGAUGCCCACAUCUGUAGUACCAUUCUGAUUAGUAGUGUUGAUGGCAUUGUACACAUGUGGCUGGUUGGAAGCAGGCUUUCAAAAUGGAGAUUAUCCUGCAUUUAUACAGGAUAAACGCUGUAAGAUUGGCUGAGUGCUUUGUAACAUUCUUGUAUAUUCUUAGUAGCUUCUCUAUAGUUGUUUCUUGUAUAUAUAACUCUCAUUUUGCCUUUUAAUUAAUGAAAAUAUGUGGGUGCUUCCCUCACAGUUCCUGGUUAUAAAAAAUGAUCAC